GAGUAUCUGCCAAGCACGAGCUGCUGUAAUGGUCUAUGAUGAUGCCAAUAAGAAAUGGGUUCCAGCUGGUGGAUCAACUGGAUUCAGCAGAGUUCAUAUAUAUCAUCACACAGGCAACAAUACCUUCAGAGUAGUGGGCAGGAAGAUUCAGGAUCAUCAGGUGGUAAUAAAUUGUGCCAUUCCAAAAGGGCUGAAGUACAAUCAGGCUACACAGACCUUCCACCAGUGGCGUGAUGCUAGGCAGGUGUAUGGUCUGAAUUUUGGCAGCAAAGAAGAUGCCAACGUCUUCGCAAGUGCCAUGAUGCAUGCCUUAGAAGUAUUAAAUUCACAGGAAGCUGUGUUCUAUUUAGGUCCUACAUUGCCUCGACAGAAUUCACAGCUUCCGUCUCAAGUACAAAAUGGUCCAUCACAAGAAGAAUUGGAAAUCCAGAGAAGACAGUUGCAAGAGCAACAGAGGCAGAAGGAGCUGGAACGGGAGAGGCUGGAUCGUGAACGAAUGGAACGGGAGAGGCUGGAGAGAGAGAGGCUAGAAAGGGAAAGACUUGAAAGAGAGCGCCUAGAACAGGAGCAACUGGAGAGAGAACGGCAAGAAAGGGAACGGCAAGAGCGCCUAGAAAGGGAGAGACAAGAGAAGGAGAGGCAGGAUCGAGAGAGACUUGAACGACUUGAACGGGAAAGGCAAGAAAGAGAACGGCAAGAACAGUUGGAAAGGGAACAAUUGGAAUGGGAAAGAGAGAGAAGAAUAUCCAAUGCUGCUCCAUCUUUCGACAACUCCCCGUAUAGCACUCCACUUCCUGAAUACUCCAGUUGCCAGCCUCCUUCAGCACCUCCUCCAUCAUAUGCAAAAGCAGUCUCAGCACCAAUGUCAGAGGCCACACCGGAGUACGCUGUAGUGACUUCUGCACCACCGACUUCCACUCCCCCUACACCGCCUCUAAGGCACUCUGCAUCACGUUUUGCUACAUCUUUAGGCUCAGCUUUCCACCCUGUUCUCCCCCAUUAUGCUACAGUUCCUCGUCCGCUGAACAAAAGUUCUCGGCCCCCUUCUCCUGUCAAUGCCCCAGCGACUUUGCCUCCAAAUACAAAGCCUGUUGCCUGGUCUGCACCCAGUUUUGCCCCUCUUCCCCCAUCUCCUCCAGUAAUGAUAAGCAGUCCGCCAGGCAAAGCUACUGGUCCAAGACCUGUCCUCCCAGUGUCGGCUUCUAAUCCAGUGACCCAAAUGUCCACGUCUCCCACAGCUCCUAACGGGCUUCCUGAAAACCUGGCUUAUCCGGUUCCUUCACCUUCUACCUCAGGUCCAACUCCGCCUCCGCCACCUCCUCCCCCCCCACUGCCUUCCUUUCCACCUCUGUCACUCUCUGGACCUCAAGCUUCUCCUUCUCCCAACUCCCCAAAUGCCUCGACUCCCUCAUCCAAGCCUAGUGUUCUCCCUUCUCCCUCUGCAGCUACCCCUGCCUCUGUUGAGAACUCUCUAAACUCUGUGCUGGGAGACUCCUCUGCUUCUGAGCCAGUCUUGCAGGCAGCCUCUCAGCCGAUUGAACCUACGACCCAGCAGGGUGUUGUCCAAGGACCACCUGCACCACCUCCCCCACCCCCCCUACCCCCUGGCCCAGCUCAGUCUUCAGUAGCAGCCCCACCUCCUCCUGGCCCACCACCACCACCUCCACUUCCACCUUCAGGGCCUCCGCCGCCACCACCACCGCCUCCUCCACUUCCUAGCCAAGUUCCUCCCGUUCCCCUUCCACCUCCUGCUCCCCCCCUCCCCACUUCGGGAUUUUCAGUGGGAUUCGUGCCCGAAGAAAAUCGCCCUUUAACUGGACUAGCAGCUGCGCUUGCUGGAGCCAAACUUAGGAAAGUCUCACGGGGUGAAGACUCCUCCAGUUCAAGUGGAGGAGGAGGCGGCUCUGCUUCAUCUAAAACAGACAGUGGCCGUGGAAAUGGGCCACUUCCCUUGGGAGGCAGUGGGUUGAUGGAAGAGAUGAGUGCCCUGCUGGCCAGGAGGAGAAGAAUUGCUGAAAAGGGAUCAACAGAACCAGAGCAGAAAGAAGAUAAAGCUGAAGAAUCAGAGUCUUCAACUUCUAAGGUUUCUUCAACAAGCACACCUGAACUAACAAGGAAGCCUUGGGAAAGAACAAAUACAGUGAAUGGAAGCAAGUCACCCGUUAUCUCCAGACCAAAAUCUACACCAACGGGGCAACCCAGUGCCAAUGGAGUACAGUCAGAAGGUCUAGAUUAUGACAGAUUGAAACAGGACAUUUUAGAUGAAAUGAGGAAGGAGUUAACGAAAUUAAAGGAAGAACUCAUUGAUGCUAUCAGGCAGGAACUCAGCAAGUCCAAUACUGCAUAGAAAGACUAGUACUAAGCCGAUGUGACUCUUUAACUUGGUAUAAAACUGACUACGUUUUGUGAGCUGUUAGAAGAAAACGGAGACAGACAGAGACACACUUGGAAGGAGGGAGAAACAACCUAUUCUGAAAAGCUUCAGACACAUCACUCUGGUGAUAUGCUAUUCCCCUCCUAGUUUGCAGCUUUUUUCUGACCUUUACAGCAGGGUGGAAAAGACUCUUAAAGUUACUGUAAUGAUUAUGCAGAAAUUGCUACACCUAUCAGACAAGAUCACAGUGCUUUGAAGUCUACUCAUGUCAAGAUAAAAUUGCACAUGUUUCAGAAUUUGUUAAGACAAAAAACAGGGAAAAGCUUGGGAAGGCUUUUCAGAGAGGUUUUCUUUAUUAAUGAAGGAGUUAGCAAGUUAUACUGUUGUACUUCAAAUGUAUCUCAGGUUUGUCUUCCUAUCAUAUCUGAUAUUUCCAUGAAUAAUUUAAAAGAUCAGAUGUGUAGAAGUUCAGUUCACAAAACAUGGAACAAUUAGAAAUGCGUGCUUUUAAAGGGCAAUAUUUGUAAGUGAAUGACCUAGACAGUGAUGACAUAUCAAGAUUUUGGAAUUUUAUGAUAGGAAGCCUCUCUAGUUAGCCUUCAUGCAAUUUUAUAGGAAAAUGAAAAAAAGCAAAUACAGUCCAGAGUUAAAAGAUGUAGAUGCCUUCCUACAUUGUUACAAUGCUUUACCAAAUCUAAGACUUCUACAUAAUGCGAAUCAGCAGUCAAAUGUAAAUCAUUAGUAUGUUGUAGAUUUACAGUAGAUUUUGGGGCUUUUUUUAGAUUUAUGCAUGUGGACAUUUUUGUAAUGUAACACAACACAGCCAGCUUUUUAAUUAAAAGAAAAAUUGCAUGUCA